GACAGCACAGGGAAGCCGGGGAAUGACGGGACGCUGAGGGUUGCAUUGGACACAAAUGUCCACUAGGGGUCGCGCUCGAACCGGGUGUUCGGAAUCGGCUCUGUUGAGAGUUCUUCUGAGAUAUGUGCAGAGCGCCUUUCUAGUGGCGUAUUUGAGAAAGGGCAAGAUCACGGACCUCCUGACUUUCAUGCCUUUCGGUACCCCACGCGAAACUGAGCCUUGUCCCUUCUGUUUUGAAACUAUUCACUGAAUAUACUUUUUACUGAACCGUGAAAGGGACAGGAGGAGACAUAUUUGCAGGGCUGGUGCUGAGCCAAAGAAUUUCAACACAGGAAAGCCAAUGACUCCGAUAAAAUCCCUCCACCAGGCAAUGGGAAGAGUUUAGAUGUGGUUUGAAAGAACUUGUGUGAGGUCUGGAUUUCCUGCGAGAGGAAAAGAGGCUUUUCAGGCUGAGGGUAGAAGAAGCAGCCAAGAUUCUUGGAUUACUUGCAGAGAAAUCUUGAGAUCUAAGCAAACAACGGACAAAAUGAACAAAUUGGAGGUUCUGGGAGGAAAAGCAUAGUAUUCAGUCUGCCUAUACUCCACCCAUCCACCCCCUGCAGCCAUUCUGUUGGCUGGUAAAACAAUGGGCUGGAUUGAAAUGAUAAAACCAACGCUGUUUCCUGGGGUUGGACUUUUCCUGAAUGAGGAACUCGCCUGUUGCCCUUUAGAUUGCAUAAGAGUGAUGAAAUAAAACAGGCUGGGAAGCAACUGUGCCUGGAAGCAGGAAGAGAAACACAGUUGUGGAGUGGAAGUGGAGAACCCUCUUAGAGAGUAACACCUGGGAGGCUGCUGCUUUCUUUGUGAAGGGCUACACAACCCUUGCACCUCGGACCAUGGCCAACCAAACAGACUACAACGACUUCUUGCACAAGCACAGGGAUGUCUUCCGGAGGUUUCCGCUGGAGCUGGUCCAUGGGAUCCCCCUGAUGGAGCCCAUUGCUCAACAAUGGGCUCCAAUUGAAAACUUCCAGGCGCGGCCAGAUGACUUGCUUCUCUCAACUUACCCCAAAGCAGGUACCACAUGGAUUCAAGAGAUUGUUGACCUGGUCCUUAACGGCGGCGAUGUGGAAAAAGCUCGUCGAGCUCCUGUGUACAUCCGGAUCCCAUUUCUAGAAAUUUGCUCUCCACCCCCGGUGCCUUCAGGGGUCAGCAUUCUGGUAGAUACCCCAUCUCCUCGUGUGAUCAAAACCCACCUCCCCUUCCAGCUUGUUCCUAAAAGCUUUUGGGACCAGAAAUGCAAAGUAAUCUAUGUUGCUCGUAAUGCCAAGGACAACUUGGUCUCCUACUUCUUCUUUGACCAGAUGAACGUGACACAGCCAGACCCUGGGCCGUGGGAUGGCUAUGUGAAGAAAUUCAUGGAGGGCAAACUUGCCUGGGGCUCUUGGUAUGACCAUGUCCGGAGUUACUGGGAUGAGAAAGGAAAGCACCGUAUCCUGUACCUCUUCUACGAGGACAUGAAAGAGGACUUGGCUCGCGAGGUCCGUCGCGUGAAAGAUUUCCUGGAGGUUGAUCUGCCUGAGGACGCCCUUCAGAAGAUUGUCCACCACGCAUCAUUCCAGACCAUGAAGAAGAACCCAAUGACAAAUUAUGAGACCGUCCCCAACGCCAUCUUUGACAAGACAAAAGGCAGAUUUAUGAGGAAAGGUGAAGUUGGCGACUGGAAGAAUUAUUUCACAGUGGCUCAAAGAGAGGAGUUUGAUGCAGAUUACCGGCGCAAGAUGGAAGGAACGACCCUGCGUUUCCGGGAUGUAUUAUAGACUCAGAAAACCGCCCCUCUUGUAUUUUAUUCUUGGCCAAGAAAAAAAAUAAAAAUUAUUAAUAGAUUCGAAA